CCAACAUCGUCGCAGUACAAGUUUUUUUGUGCCUACAAUGAAGCUGCGUUACAUAACAUAAGAGUAAAAUGCAUAAAAGCCAAAUCGGUUCACUAAAACACUGCUAUAUAUGACAGCCAGGGGAUAAUGACAUACAGCAAAAAUCUAAAAUGGAUAUUGAUGGUGACUUUUGCCGUUGUAUUAAGAUCCGUAGAUGUCCAAUAUGCAAUGCCGAUGCCGGGCUAUCCUCCGCCGCCUCCGCCGAUGUUUCCGAUGCCAGCUCCUAUGCCCUUGAUGUGUCCUUUGCCCUUUGCAAUUGGUAUAUCGGACGGUUCUGGAAAUCAAGAUUCUACUACAACAACCACUACCACGAGUAAGCCUGACGUGGCCGUAGCUAUACCUCUACCGAUACCUGUUCCGAUGCCAGUGCCUGCGAUGCCAGCAAUGCCAGCGAUGCCACCAGUGCCAGCGAUGCCAUCAUACCCUCCCCCGCCGUAUUGCCAGCGACCACCACCCAGACCGAGAAGUUGUCCUCCCUGUCCGCCCUGCACGUGUAAGCCGGCGUGUACACCGUCAUUCUAUGCAUACUGUUCUCCGUGCCAUAUGAAAUGUAGAUGCAAAAGUGUAGAUGAUGUUCCUCGGCCAAUACCACCAAAAGAAUUACCAAUUGGACCUCCAUAUGCCGUUCAGUUGCCACAAAUUAUCCAGCCAUCGCCUGUUGUUCUAGUACCCUUCCCUCCGAUGCCUCCGCGGGUGUUACCUCCACGACGCAGACAGAAAAAAAAACGACCUAUAUAUUCAUCUUGUUCAGAGGAAUCAAGUGAAACUAGUAGUAGUUCAGAGAUAGAUUAUUUAAGAGGCAAGAAAAACAAAAGAGUAAAAUUGUUGAAACGCAACCCACGCAGUUCAGAGGGUGAAAACGAGCUGGUCAAACCGAUGUUGAGUUAUAUUUCAGAAAACGGUGACAUUAAGUUUGAAACCAAAAUAAGUAACAACGAUGUAGACGAACUGCUCGGAACGGAGAAUGAUAAUAGAGCAGAGAGGAGAUAUCAGACCGUUCAGCUUAUGACGAGAGAAGAUGAAUCACACAGACCUCAACUAGUCGUAUUCUCCAAGGAGGAUCGCAAUGAAAAGAGCGGACGGAUUAAAAACAAACAAGUUCUUUUGAGAAACGGAAUCUCCAAUCAUGUUCUAGAAGACGGCAGAAAGCAACUGAUAUUCCGACCACCGAAUGACAAAAAAAUAAGUAACUUAUCCGUGUCCUUCCAAAUAGUGUAGAGAGCUGUGAGAUUAGAAUAUUGUUAUUUAUUACUUUUAUAUUGUUGUUUUUUAAGAGUCAAAUAAUUAAAAAGUUGUCAUUAACAGUGCCUACUCUUUUUGUUACAUAAUGAUGCAGGUGUAGGCUUACAUGCGUAAUGAUUUUUUAUCAGACAAAAGGAUUAUUAGCUUUGUGUUUAGUAACAAUGCAUACUUAUGGAACCACAACGAGUAUUCGUUUCAAUGAUAUAAAAGCAAUACCUAGAUCCUUACCUUUGCUAUUAUAUUUCAACAAUGCAGAGAAGCACACUUAUUGUUUUAAUUCUCACGUCAGUCGCUAAAAACUCACCUUUGGAUCAAAUAGCAAUGAUGGAUAUGUUGAAAAACUAUCGCAGUAUGAGCGGUAACACGUUUGAAUCGAUUGUUCCAAACUUACCAGCCAACUAUACGACAGAGUGUUGCCAAGAUUAUUCUUGUCCAAAUCAAUGUUACCCUCAUAUCUAUCAAGCGCCUCCAUCCCCUAUAGUUGUUCCCGCUAGAACAUUCUACGAGCCAGUCGUUCACAACCACCCGCCUCUCCACGUCAUCAAGAAGAUAAUCGCCAGAGAUAAAAUGAAAUGGAGAUAUCAUUCAAGCAGCGAGGAGGUCACCUCCAGUGACACAGAUGAUUCGGAUACCAGCACAGACUACUCGAGUAUGUGAAAUAUAUAGCUAUAAGAAUUAAAAACAAAUCUAUUUCUU